CGCCAUCGAGAAAAUAGAUAAAGGCGGAUUUGGAAUUAUUUAUAAAGCCAUUCUUUUAGGAAAAAAAACAGUUGUUUUCAAGAAAAUGAAUGAAGAUGGAAAUGAAGCAGAAAUAAACAAUGAAAUAACCCUUCUUAAAAAAGUUUGUCCUCAUCCUAAUAUCAAUUCACUCCUUGGAAUUACUGAAGAUCCAGAAAGUAAAAAUGCAAUAAUGGUCUUGAAUUACGCAAAUGAAGGAAACCUGCAAAAUUAUCUUAGAAAAAAUUGGAUAAAUUUAAUUUGGAGAAAAAAAAUCAAAUUUGCACUUGAU